AGACAGCAGGUAAGUUGCUGUAAUGCCUGAGUAGUGGCUAGAAUCUUAUUCAAAUCUUUGCCAUCCUUCCAUUUUUCGUUUAUCCGUUUUGUUCAAACACAACCAUAAAUUCUGUUAUUUAUUUCAGAGUAAUAUUGCACCGUAAUAUUCAAGGAUUCGUUAGCUUUUUAGCUAGGUACCAUAUUCGUUAGCGCUUGGCUAGCAUACCGGGACAGCAAAUCUCUCUAACAUAGGGAUCUCUCUGAAUGAUUUGAUGUUCAAAUUAAACCCAUAUGAACAGGAACUUUGACUUUGGACACGGCAUGAAAUAAUGAAAACAGGCCCAGGAACGUGUUUCAACUGCUACAUCUAGCUCAUUACGGAUACUGAGGUGAUAAGAGACAUGGCUAUUCGUUAUCCCAUGGCUGUUGGCCUCAACAAAGGUCAUCCAGUAACCAAAAAUGUUACUGCUUCUAAACACAGCCGCAGACGCGGGCGUUUGACCAAACACAGCAAGUUUAUUCGGGACACGAUCCGUGAAGUUUGUGGCUUUGCUCCGUAUGAGAGGCGAGCAAUGGAGCUGCUGAAGGUGUCCAAGGACAAGAGAGCUCUGAAGUUCAUCAAGAAGAGGAUUGGCACACACAUCCGAGCCAAGAGGAAGAGAGAAGAGCUGAGCAACGUCCUGGCAGCCAUGAGGAAGGCUGCUGCCAAGAAAGAGUAGCUCGCCUAAUAAAAGCUUGUUCAGUACAAA